AAUGGUGCCACAUGGUUGUGUUUUUUACGAGUAGUAACUAAUAGUAACAGUACUAAUAUAUUAUUUUAGCAGUAAUUUCGUACAUCAAAGGAAAUUUACGUAAACAUUAUUAAAAAGUCAUGCCUUUGUCGUGUCGGUUCUACAGUCAGCAGUAUCCAGAAGUGGAAGAUGUUGUCAUGGUAAAUGUCCGAUCAAUUGCCGAAAUGGGUGCUUAUGUACAUCUGUUAGAAUACAACAAUAUCGAAGGCAUGAUCCUUUUGUCCGAGUUGUCACGCCGACGUAUUCGAUCCAUCAACAAACUUAUUAGAGUUGGUCGAAGUGAAUGUGUGGUGGUCAUCAGAGUAGAUAAAGAUAAAGGUUAUAUUGACUUGUCUAAGAGACGAGUUUCACCAGAAGACAUCAUGAAAUGUGAAGAAAAGUUUGCAAAGGCAAAAGCUGUAAACAGCAUUCUAAGACAUGUGGCAGGAAUCUUGGGUUAUGACAGUGACGAGCAGCUUGAGGUUCUCUACAAAAAGACAGCAUGGCACUUUGAUGAAAAAUACAAGAAGGCUGCAAGUUCCUAUGAUGUUUUCAAGCAUGCUGUUUCCUGCUUGACACUGCUGUCGUUUGGAGAGGAUCAUUCAGGUCAGUAUGUGGAAAACUCCCUAUACUUUUGUCACUCUUUCUCUGCACAACCUCGCUGUGUCUUCCUUGAGCAGAUAUUGUCUUCCUCCUGUGGCAGUUCUACACACGUCUGUUCACCUGUGACUGGGCCCAAGGUGGUUACUGAAAUAGAUGAAGUGGAGUUAGCUAAACAGCUUGAAAGAUUAGAAAUGGCUAAUGCUGAGGUAGCAGGUGAUGAUGAUGAUGAUGAAACUGCAGAAGCUGGAAGUGAAGAUGAUGAAGGAGAAGAGCAACCAUAGGGUGAAUUUAUUUUAAAACUCUGAAGCUGGUAACUAAACUGUUUGAAUAGUAGAGGUCCUGUGCUAAGAUGAAUUUAAAACAUGUCUCAUUUAUCUUAUUUCUACAUUAUCAAAAUUGUGUAAUGCUUUGCAGAAAAAUUGACAUAUAAAUUACUAUUUCUGGCUGUGUUAAUAUUAUAUGAUGUAAAUAAAUUAAAAUUAAAUUGGGUUAUCUUCAAUUAUAAGAAUGUUAUUGAUAAAGAAUUCAUCAAUAAUCUUGCUGUCUGUACUUGCCCAUCAUGUUUAAUUAAAAUCUGUUUUGUCUUAUACUUAUGAGAGAUACACGAUUUAUGUAGCAUGUUUUUGUGUAAGGCUUAGAUUUUUUUAUUAAUUUUUUUUUACUUAAAAUGUAAAAUUUUCUCAUUCUAAUAGGUUUGUAUGUUGUAUCUUUGGCCAUAAAAGCAUGACAACUGGUGUGCAUUCUUGCCUGGAGGGGAUUAAUUUGCUGUAUAAUUGUCCCCAAUCACUCUUAAAUUACUUAAGAAACUUACAAGCAUAUUCUUCCAACCAUACCUUCGGUAUUUUGUGAGGAUUUCUCAGAUAAAAAGUUUCAUUGAUAACCAUUGUGAUUAUAUAUGAAAGCAUGAAGAACAUAUAGUGUGGUAAACAUAAAAAGAUGUGAUGGAAUUUUAAACUUUACUGAAGUAAUAUUCAUGCCACAAUUCAUGUACAAAACAAAUGUACAAUUUGUACCUAAAUGAAGGUUCCCAAAUUAUACUCUUUUUUUUUCUUUCUUUUUUUUAUGAAAGAAUAUUAUUGGUUGAGAGAUUAGAAGUACAUGACAUGUGUGAUACAGAUAGAAAAAAGUGAGUAUUCAAAUACAUAAAAAGAUGUCUGUUUUCAUCUCACCAGCAAAAAAAAAAAAAAA